UGUUGUUCGGACACAACUCGCAAACAAAAAGAAAAAAUGGAAGUAGAGAGAGUGCAGGCCUUGGCUUUUGGCGGGCUGAAAGAGCUGCCGGAGCAGUUCAUCCGGCCAGCCCACGAGCGGCCAGAGAACAGCAAGGCCGUGGAGGGGGUCAGUGUGCCUGUCAUCUCACUAUCUCAGCCACAUGACGUGGUGGUUAAAGAAGUGGCUAUGGCGUGCCAGGAGUGGGGGUUCUUCCUCGUCACCGAUCACGGCCUCUCACCGUCAUUGAUCCAACGGCUACAAGAGGUGGGGCAGGAGUUCUUUGGGCUCCCACAAGAGGAAAAGGAGGCCUAUGCAAAUGACGCGGCUACUGGCAAGUUCCAAGGGUAUGGGACCAAGAUGACUAAGAACAAGGAUGAGAAGAUCGAGUGGAUUGACUACUUCUUCCAUUUGAUGGCUCCUCCUCCUAAGGUCAAUUAUGCUGUUUGGCCCCAAAACCCUCCUGCUUACAGGGAAGUCACAGAAGAAUAUGCCAAAGAAAUGUUAAGAAUAACAGACAACCUAUUGCAGCUGCUCUCAGAAGGGCUAGGUUUGGAAGGGAAGGUUUUGAAGUCCAGUUUAGGAGGAGAAGCUAUAGAACUGGAGAUGAAAAUAAAUAUGUACCCACCUUGCCCGCAACCUGAACUGGCUCUUGGGGUUGAACCUCAUACCGACAUGUCUGCGCUUACGGUACUUGUCCCCAACCACGUUCCAGGCCUUCAAGUCUCCAAAGACGCUAAUUGGGUCGCUGUCGAUUACUUGCCAAAUGCUCUUUUCGUCCAUGUUGGUGAUCAGAUUGAGGUGAUGAGCAACGGGAAGUACAAGAGUGUUCUUCACAGGAGUUUGGUGAACAAAGAACGCACACGCAUGUCGUGGGCAGUGUUCGUUGUGCCGCCACAGGAGGCGACGAUUGGGCCACUUCCAGAGCUUGUGGAUGAUCAAAACCCGCCCAAAUAUUCAACCAAGACCUACGCUGAGUAUCGCUACCGAAAAUUCAAUAAGCUCCCACAGUGAUGAUAAUAUGAAGUUCGUAUUUCAUUGAUGAAGUGUUUUGUUUAUGGUUAUUCUACCCGUGCAUGUACCCAAGCCUUAGCCCCUAGCUAGGCAGCCUAGCCUAGCUAUAUUCGUAGUGCCCAGUUGCACAAAGCGAGGAGGACAGUGAAAAUAAAUGCCCCAAAUUAAUAGACUUCAA